GCUUGUCCUCUACUGCACACCCACAUCCAACCAGAGACCACCACAAUGUCCAAGGACCAGAAUGGAACCUGGGAGAUGGAAAGCAAUGAUAACUUUGAAGGCUACAUGAAGGCUCUGGAUAUUGAUUUUGCCACCCGCAAGAUCGCAGUCCGCUUGAAUCAGACAAAGAUCAUCAGUCAGGACGGUGAUGUCUUCAAGACCAAGACCAACAGUACCUUUCGCAACUAUGACCUGGAUUUCACGGUAGGGGUGGAGUUUGAAGAGCACACAAAGGGCCUGGACAACCGGACAGUGAAGUCACUGGUCACCUGGGAAGGAAAUGUUCUCACGUGUGUUCAGAAGGGAGAGAAGGCAAACCGUGGCUGGAAGCAGUGGGUUGAGGGAGACAAACUAUACCUGGAGCUGACAUGCUGUGACCAGGUAUGCCGUCAAGUGUUCAAAAAGAAGUGAGAACCCCGAAUGAGCCAGCCUGAAUGUAUUCCCAUGUUCCCCCUAAAAUCCCUCUCCUGGAAUCCCCCUGCCCCACUUCUGACAGCCCACUAACACCACCUGGAUGGGCAGUUACUAAGUCAAGUGUGUAACAGAGACCAGCAUGAACUCACAUCUUUG